UGAACGGCUCCGAGUGCACCCGAAUGCGCUCUGUGAUGAACCUGAACGAACCCAAAGGGGCUACGUUCAGUUCGCCUGCGUCACGGAACCGGAAAAGUCCUCCAAUUCAUCAGGCGGUAAUUCUAGUCUGGGGCCGAAACCCCUUCAUUUUCAGUGUUUUUUUUUUUAAUUUUUGGGAAUUUCAAGUGGGGUUUUAGGGUAGAAAUUUUGGAAUUGUGAUUGUAGUAGUUUCGAGGUUCAAGUGUUUGAAAAAAUGUAUUGAUACUGGUGAUAAUGUGAGGUGAUUUGAUAAAUUUGCGAGUGCAAGGAAGUGUUGAGGAAAAGUGGCACGUGAUCAUGGAAUGACAAUCACGACUAACCUCUCAUUGAUGUGACCAUGCUUAAUCGGAUACUCUUUACAAGAUAUGAUUAGGAAAGGAAGAAUCAGCCUAUCCUCACCUGGCCGUCAUCAUACGAAAAAGAAGAGUCGUUCAGCUCUACAGAGCACUAUGUCGCAUUCACGGAAUUCUUGUCAAGACCAAUUUAGUAGUUCGCAGGAUGAAUUUUUGGAUACCGAUCCUCUUAGGUACGAACUUCGCAACAUUCGAAGCGUGAUUCACGUGAUAUGUCGAAACAUUGAUGCGCUCAAUAACAAAUUCGCCGGACUUCAAGAUCCUCCUUCAAUUUAUUUGACCGAAUAUCAAGAACUAACGAGCAGGUUACACGAAUUAGAAUAUAAGCAGGAGAAACUCAACGAACUGCUUAAUUCCUCAUCAGUCGAAAGCGCAACAUCAGCCAAAAAAGUAUUUCACCCAUCGAAUAAGAUUCAUUUCCCGAAAUCACCAGUGGAAUCCCUCGUCAGAGCCCAUUUACCCAACCAGCAACGCACAAGUGUGCAGGUCCGGGAAGGUCUUUCUCUAAGAGAUGCUUUGGCCAAAGCCAUGAAGCUCCGGAACCUCACCACAGAAAUGUGUAUGGUGUAUAUAGUAGGACAGGACGACUCGAAACAUCCUAUUUCUUGGGAUACACACAUUUCGUCCCUCGAAUGUGACGAAAUUUCGGUGGAGAUACUUGACAAGUUUCCUAUCGCGACUUCGAUAUCUCAUAAUUUCGUUCGGAAGACCUUCUUUUCCCUUGCAUUCUGUGAGUGUUGUCGAAAACUGCUUUUCCAAGGAUUCUACUGCAGAACUUGCAACUACAGAUUCCAUCAGAGGUGUGCAGGUGGUGUGCCAGCACUUUGCCAUCAAACACGAAGGCAAGACGCCUACUAUCAGACGCUUCUUGCUCACCAUCCAGAAACUACUGCAGGAAUUGUGCAACUACCUUCAGGCUACAGCCUGUCAUCCUUCUUUGCAGCUUCCCUGAGGGCUAGGCAGCCUAGAUCUCUAGGAAAACAAGAUCGUUCGAGCUCCACUCCUAAUGUUAGCUACAACAUGGUCAAAUCCAGAGGUGACUCGAUCAACCUAAAUGAGCACGCUAGAUCUCAACGUCAUGGAGAACCCGUAGCUACUACUCAGAGUCCUAUGUCUCCUGGAAGUAGUCCCUCUAAGUUGAGUCAUUCCAUUCAGACCAGUUCUACCGGCACCCUGAGGCCAAAACACCUUAGGGCGAGUUUCGCGGAAGAAUCAACGAAAAACCUUCUCGCAACACGGGAGUCCAUCGAAUAUUGGGAAAUUCCAGCGGAUGAAAUCCUAGUUGGACCCAGAAUUGGUUCUGGAUCCUUCGGGACUGUAUACAAAGCUCAUUGGCAUGGACCAGUCGCUGUCAAGACUUUGAAUGUGAAGAUACCCACAUCGGCACAGCUACAAGCAUUCAAGAAUGAAGUAGCAGUGUUGAGAAAGACUCGCCACGUCAACAUACUGCUCUUCAUGGGGUGUGUCAGUAGACCCCAGCUAGCUAUCGUCACUCAGUGGUGCGAGGGUUCUUCUUUGUACAAGCAUCUGCACGUUUUCGAGUCAAGAUUUCUGCUAUUAACCCUGAUCGAGAUUGGCAGACAGACCGCACAGGGAAUGGACUACUUGCACGCCAAAAAUAUAAUACAUAGGGAUUUGAAGAGCAAUAACAUUUUUUUGCAUGACGACCUUACCGUGAAGAUUGGAGACUUCGGCCUCGCAACGGCCAAGACAAGAUGGUCAGGGUCCUUGCAGUUCCAUCAACCAACUGGAUCGAUCCUUUGGAUGGCUCCCGAGGUCAUCAGAAUGCAGGAGGAAAAUCCGUACAGUUUUCAGUCAGACGUCUACGGCUUUGGUGUAGUUUUGUUUGAACUUUUGGCGGGUCAACUGCCGUAUUCGCAUGUUAAUAAUAAGGAUCAGAUCCUCUUCAUGGUCGGAAGAGGAUAUCUGCGACCGGAUGUGAAUAAGCUGAGGUCAGAUACGCCGAAGGCUCUCCGCAGAUUAACGGAAGAUUGCAUAAAGUUCUCCAGAGAUGAGCGACCGCUAUUCAGGCAGAUCUUGGCCAGCCUGGAAGCUCUGCUUCGGGGUCUUCCGAAGAUUAACAGAUCUACGUCGGAGCCAAGUCUGAAUAGAACUCAGUUGCAAUCGGACGAUUUUCUUUAUACUUCUGCUUCGCCGAAGUCAGCUGCGAUUUUCCAGUUCGGAGCGUUUCCUUAUUAUCCAAGUGGAGGGCACAUUUAAGGUGCUUCAAACGAGACGGGGUUUCGAAUAAUACCAACUACGUCUACAAUGAUGAAUUGUUUUAUGUAAUAUUUUUACCAGAAAAUCUAAAGGCAUAUGGAAGUGCAUGGACGUUGUCGUUUUUAUGGUAAAUUUUCUUGUUUGUCUUUUUUUAAAUUGUAAAUUAAGUGUGUUUUUGCACCUGAAAGCGGAAAACGAUUGUAAGGAUUUGAGCUAUUGUCUAGUGAGAUGAGGUCUACAGGUCUUUGUCUACAGUAUUUGAGAUGCAAAUUUAAAACUUUAAAAUUUAUUUAUUUAAAAAAAAUCUUUUCUUCUAUAAAAGAUAGCUUUUAACAGAACAUUUCAGUUUCCAACAAAAUAUUUAAAUUUUUAACAUAAUAUAGACCACAAGUCGAAUUAUUGAACAAAUAAAAAUUUUUCACUCAAGAAAAAAAUGAAAGUUCAUAUAACUUGUUGAAACUUUCAGUCAAAAGACGAAUUUCCUCUACAAAAAUUUAACUUUCAAACAAAAAAUAUAACUUUUUAG